AUGGCGCGGCCCUCGUCGGGCGCCCUGGUUCUGGUGCUCCUCUGCUUGGUGGCCGCAGUGAAGGGCGAGGUCAUGCCAAGCGGCAACAUGACAGACCCCUGCUACACAGACCCAGCAGCCGACGCCUGCGCCGGCUUUGAGCGCAGCGCCGCAGACUGGACUAGCGACCUGGAUACUCUGUGCCAGGAGAUGCCCUUUAUGAUCGGGUGCUCCAUGUGGACGCAGUGCCAGGCUGGCCAGGCCAACGUCGACUCGCCCUUCUGCUCCCCGGCCUCGCUCGUGGGUGACAUCUGUGUGGCGGACGCGAUGAGCAAGAUGUAUGGUUGCGAGGCUCACAACGCGCUGUGCACAAACACCACCAAAGUGCAGCAGUGCCUGCAGCCCGGCGUGGCGCCCAACGUGCCGACCACUUUCCAGACAAAAGCAGACAUUGACGGCGUGUGCACCAGCCACUCCAUGGACGGCUGCCAGAACUGCACCUCGGUCGGGCGCACCAACUUCAAGGCCUGCCCCGAGCUGUUCAAUAUCUACUCCAAGCUCUGCAUCUCCAUGCCCGACAUGUCGCAGUGCCAGAACUGGCAGGUGUUCUGCAGCAACCAGACCCUGGCAGCCGCCUUCCCCAUGUUUUGUUCCGGCGACGCGGCAGACGGCAGCAGCAGCGCGCUCCCUCCUAUGAAGAUGUGGAUGCACCAGAGCACGCGAGACAUCUUCUUGUUCAAGGAAUGGGUGCCCAACAGCACCGGGCAGUACAUCGGGCUGUGCAUCAGCAUGUGCGUGCUGGCAGUCUUCACGCAGUUCCUCAAGGCCGUGCGGCUGCGGGUGGAGAUGCGAUGGUCGGCAGAGGCGCGCGGGCCGUCGCUGUGCUGCGGCCUGGAGAACGGCUCGCCCUCUGCGGCCUCCUCCGACAGCGCCGCCUCCGGCUCCGCCGGCGGCAUCAAGCCCUCUGGCAGCAAAGACUCGGAGCUGGCAGAGGUGCCCACGUGCUGCGGCGGCGGCGGGGCCGCCGUGGCCCCCGACGACGGCACGCUGGUGCCCACCAGCCGCCGCGCGCCGUGGCGGCGCGGCUCCGGCCAGCAGGGCGCCCUCGCCUGCUGCGGCGUGCAGCUCAUCACCCGGGCCCAGGCCCGCCGCAACUUUUGGCGCGCGGUCUUCACCUUUGUGGUCAUGCUGCUUGACUACUCGCUGAUGCUGGUGGUCAUGACUUUCAACGUGGGCGUCAUCCUGGCAGUUUGUGGCGGCUUUGCGAUUGGCGCGCUGCUGUUUGGGCACGCAGGGGAGCGGCCCAGCGGGCCCAUCGUGCGCCAGGUGGCACCUGUGGGCGCCUCCAGCGAGCUGGAGACUGUGUUUGUGGAAGGGGCGGCCUGCUGCUCCGGCGGCUCGGGCUGCGGCGGCGGCGGCCAUAGCGGCGGCCAGCUGUGA